AUGUCACAUGCCUUAGAUAACUAUUACUUAGUGGAAAAAGUGGAAUUUCUAUCAAAAAAUGAAGUUAAAGAAAAUAAAACUAUUGAAACUGUCAUUAAAGAUCUAGUGUAUGUCAAAGAUCCAGUAUCUCUAGUUAAUCAUGUUUGCAUUGCUAGGGGACUAGAAGUCGAGAAUGUUAUUAUUCGUAUAGGAAUAGAUAGUGGCCAAGGAUCUUUAAAAGUUAUUAUGAAUGUUUUUAACAGAGAACCACACAAAUCUUCAAAUCUUAUAGAAAAAACAAAGCUAAACAAUUUAAAGUUUUACCUUGCUGCAGAUCUUAAAUUAUGCAACAUAGUUUUGGGUUUGUCAGGACAUGAGGGAAAAUAUUCAUGUUUAUUUUGUGAUGGUGAUAAAACUCAUCUUGGAGAACUGAGAACCUUUAAUAUGCUUAAGAACACGUAUAAAAACUUUGCUGAAAGUGGAUUUAAAAAAAGCUCUAUGCAACUCUAUAAGAAUGUUAUACAUCCAUGUCUCCUGGUUGAGUCUGGAGAGAUGUAUGUGCUUGAUGUCACCCCUCCUCCAGAACUUCAUUUAAUGAUGAAAACUAUAACAGAAAUUUUAAAUGUCUUCUGUAAGGAACCUGAUGUUGCUCUCUGGUUAAAAAAGCAUGGAAUUAUUUGGCAUGGGUAUAAUGGAGGUGGACUGGAUGGUAGAAAUGCUAACAAAAUACGAAAGCUUUUGCCAGAUUUGGAAAAAUUUAUCUUAGAUAACUUUUCUUCUUAUUAUCCAGUUGUUGAACUGUUAGUCUUUUUCUUCAGUAGUAAACAUGUGUUUCGGAAUGAAACUCCAGACGGUUAUCCUGAUGCCAUUGCAACAUAUAUAAGAAAGUUAAAGGAAAACCAAGAGUAUGUGAAGACUACAUUCAACCCCAACCUUUCUAUGGGAUGGAAAGGUCAUAUAAUUGAACACCAUCUUGCCAUGUUUUUAAAUAGAACUAAGCUGCCAUUGGGAGUAUUUUCUGAACAAUGUUCUGAAUCUGUUCAUCAUAAUAUGUUGAAAACACUGAGCAGAUUCUCAACUUCAGAAUUCAGAGAGAACCAUGGAGAGCUUCUUAGAAAGGCAAUAGUUGAAUAUUCAAGUCAAAGAAUUUAAGUUUUUUCUUUGCUAUUGAUUACAUAAUUAUACAUAUCUUGUAUAUUAUAUAGUUUUGAAGAUUACAUUAAAUCAGUAUAUAUUAUGGAUUAUAUUAUACUGUUUCAGAGUAUAUACAAAUAGUAUUGCGUACUUUGGUAAGCAAUCUGACGUCAUACUGAAAUAGCCGGCUGCUGGGGGCUUCAGUACAUACAACGACUGACAAAUAGCCUGACUCGCAGUGAAGUGCUGCUACAUCGACUGAGGGUUUGGGAUGGGGAAGCAAUCGUUUUAAUUUUAUUAUGUUAUACAAUGUUAUACAAUAAUAUUGCAGAUUAGGCUUUAUUAUAUCAUGAGUAUUACACUAUAUUUUAAUGUAAAGUAAACUUAGUUUUUUGUAGUUUUAUUUUAAAUGGUUAUAUCUUUUGAACGGCAAGAUAUUUUUAUUGAAUUUUUGAAUAUGUAACUGAUGCUUGAUUUUUCUAAAGAUGGCAUAAUAUUUUUUUUUAAUAAAUAAAGGGGGCCAAGGGGAGGGGGCAAAAGUUGCCCUGAUCCCCUUUAAAAAUUGAUUUUCUCAUCAGGACGUACACCAAAUAAUUUGUUCUUUUCAUAAUAUUGUCUGUAUAAUAGUCCUGAACACUUUGUAAUUAAUUUUUUUUAAGUAAUCAAAUUUUCAACCUAAACG